ACCUAGCAUUCCCAGUCUUCAAGCCAACACACAAACCUUACUCCUGACCUGUAUGCCAUCGGGAGGCGUCUGGCAAUCAGUGACCUUGGCUUUCCCUUCUCCACUGCUGAUUAUUGUCUCGCUUGCUCCUCUUGAUUGUUUAGCUACUCCAUGCCUCUUGCUGACAUGCUCUGGCCAAUCCUGCUGCAGGGCUCAAGAAUCGCCAGAUGCGCAAUCCCUUUGUGUGUGUGCAGAUGCUAAAUUGAAGUAACUUAGGUCUGGGAAGGAAGCUCUGCCGGUUGCAUUUUUUUGCUGCAGUUAAGAUCGAUCCCCUUGCGGUCGGGUGGGAUAUAGAGGUCGGAC